GCGGUAAUGCGCGAAGAGCCAGCGGUAGGGAAGACGGCGACGCGCGCCGAAGGUCGAGGGAGUCGCCGAGGUUGGCGACACUCGCAGGAGAACUGGCCCGGCCGGUUGCAGCUAUAGCAACGACGGUCGCUGCCAGUCGGUAGGAUGGCAGACACUUUCAUAUCGGAAGAGUCGCGGACCUUCACCCCGCAUGUCUGGGUAACCGAGAAAUUUUCGGCGAAGGCGAUGCGGACAGCGUCUUCGAACGUCAAAAGAUACGUCCGGAACAGCUGCGUCCGCGCAGCGGUGUCGUUCAGACCAUUCAUGAAAAUGUUCACCUUGGUGUCUUCCAAUAGUGACGACUGUAUCGUCACGCAGGAGGCAAGAAAGCGGAGGUCGUGGACAUACUCGCGAAUCAAGCACUUGCCUUGUUUCGCGGAGAGGUACUCCGCACGGAAGCGAAAGUCGCUAUUGGCGGGUAGGAAAGCCGCAUUGAGGUUGUCGACGAAAUCGUCGAAGGAUUCGAUGGAGAAGUCCUCCUCAUGCGUAAGGCCCCAGGCCCAGUCUUCAGCGCAUCCUGUCAGAUAGGAUAUGGCAAAGGACACGCGGAUACUAUCGUCAUCGAUAUUCAAAGCAUCCGCGGCAUUGGUCAAUUGCUGAACCCAACGCAAUAGUUGCUGGGAGGGAGUACCUCCGUACUUGGGACCGGCGCUUGAUUGCCGAGGCAGGUUGCGCAGAUUGCGCAGCGAGGUGGGCCGUCGUGUGAUGGAGAGUUUCCUCCAAGGCAAGACCUUGAGCCUUGAGCUCAGCGAUUUCUUGAUGCGCGGCAUCACGUUCAGCCGUCACGGACUGCAUGUGAGCGGCAACGUCUUGCCGAGCAUUCUCACCAUGACGAGCGAAGCUCUCCACCAAGUGGAGUUGCGCUGGCGGCGCCUGCGCGUUGAUAAGGCUCCACGCGUCUUGUUCACCGAGGGUGGAGCACAUGUGACUGAUCGUCACAAGAUGGGCUUCAGGGAACUGGGCAGUGGACAUUGCGCGUAGGUCAAUGAACGAACUAGAGUGCUACCAGGUGUAACGGGGCAC